GUUAAAAAACAAUCGCCAUCUAGCAGCAACAGUGAGAACUAUUUUAUUAUAAACUUUAGCAAACAAUGUUUUACAACAUAGAAUGUUAAAAUGAGUAAAACGAAUAUUACGAUAUUGUACGGUAGUGAGACUGGCACUGCCCAAGACGUAGCUGAACAAAUAUGGAAAAGUGCCAAAAGAAAAUGUUUACACAGUACUGUCUAUGCAAUGAACGAUUACGACAUUCAAAAUCUAGACACAGAAAAACUAGUAGUUUUUGUUGUUGCUACUACGGGCCAAGGAGACCCUCCUAAUAACAUGAGACAGUUUUGGAGACUUCUACUACGAAAAAGUCUUCCAGCGAUGCUGCUCUCUAAUAUAAAGUAUGGCAUAUUAGGCUUAGGUGACAGUUCUUACCAAAAAUUCAAUUUUGCAGCAAAAAAAUUAAACAAGCGGUUGAUGCAACUAGGUGCAAAGGAAUUGCUGCCUAUCGGAUUGGCAGAUGAUCAGCAUGAUUUAGGAAUAGAUGCUGUUAUCGAUCCUUGGCAAGAAGAGUUAUGGAAGAAGAUUUCAGACGCAUUUAAUGUUUCUGCAACAGAUAUGGUCAAUGAUCAAGAUAAAAUAAUUGAAAGAUUUUAUGUCUCUGAGAUAAACUCAAAUUUUUUAAGAGAUUCGUACUGCUUAGACAAUGAUAUCUACAUGAAAGAAUUACUUGUGAACAAUGAAAUGAAAAUUGGUACAGUAAUUGAAAACACAAGAACUACUACAGAAGAUCAUUUUCAGGAUGUCAGAUUAAUUAAAUUUACAUCAACUAAUAUCGAUUAUCAACCUGGAGACAUAAUGUAUGUUAGACCAAAGAAUUCGAAGGAGCAAGUUGAAAAAUUCUUUAAUAUAUUGAAUAGUAACAAUGUAGAAUUACAUCCAGACAUAAAGAUUCAAGUAUCAGAGAAAGAAGUUAAAGUACCUACCGUUUUAAAACAAAUUUUGACUUUACAACAGAUUGUAGAACAAUACUGGGAUUUAAAUUUCAAACCCCGGAGAUCUACAAUGCAAGUACUGUCCUUUAUUAGCGAAAAUGAACUAGAGAAGGAAAAGUUUCAUGAAUUUACAACUUCGAGUGGUCAAGAAGAACUAUAUGAUUACAUUAAUAGACCGAGAAGAAAUAUUUUAGAAUUACUAGCAGACUUUCCUCAUACAACUAGUAAAUUAAAUAUAAAAUUACUAUUUGAAAUUAUGUCUCCCAUAAAACCUCGCGCUUUUAGCAUAGCUUCGAGUUUAAGGGUUACAGAAGAUGAGAUUCAUCUGUUAGUGGCUGUAGUAAAGUACAAAACGAAACUGUUAGAACCAAGGUACGGUUUGUGCUCAAACUGGCUGGGAAGAUUAACAGAGGGAGACAAAAUAAUAUUUUGGAUACAAAAGGGAACAUUUAAAUUUGCAUACGACAAACCGAUGAUACUUAUUGGUCCUGGCACAGGUGUUGCACCAUUUCGAUCUGUACUAUUGGACAAGUCUGCAAUGCAUAGUGAUUUAAGUAAUUGUGUUCUAUUUUUUGGCUGUAGAAACAGAGAAAAAGAUUAUCAUUGUAAACAUGAUUUUCAGUACUUAAAAGAAAAAAUGCAUUUAAAUUUAUUCUGUGCAUUUUCAAGGGAUCAAGAUCGUAAAAUAUACGUACAACACGUUAUACGUGAUCAAAAGCAACUAUGUUGGAAUUUUCUUUGCAAAAAUGGUAACGUUUACCUAGCGGGUACCGAACCCGUUCGGCUUUCCCCUGGAUGGGAGGGUACAGGUAGACCCGACGAUGAAUUGAACUUCAAAGGAGUUACAAUGGAUCAAGCAGACCUUGAAUUAAAUCCUCCCAGGGAUAGAUUAAAUGUAGUGUUCUGUAUAAUGGUACUUCAUGGAAUUGGCGCCUUGAUGCCAUGGAAUAUGUUCAUAACAGCAAAAGAUUAUUUUGUACACUAUAAAUUAUCAGAGGAAUAUACAGGGAUCGUUACAAAUUAUGCCACAAAUUUUCUCGCCUGGUUAGGAUUUGCGGCGCAAAUACCAAAUCUACUUUUUAAUUGGUUAAAUGUAUUUGUACAAUUCGGUGGCAAUUUGACAACACGUAUAGUAUGGGGCAUCUUCGUACAAGUUUUAGUAUUUGUAUGUACCGUUAUUUUGGCAAUGACCGAUAGCUCUGGCUGGCCUGGUAUUUUUUUCUGGAUCACCAUGGCUUCUGUUAUUGUAUUAAACACUGCUAAUGGAAUUUACCAAAACUCCGUGUUUGGUAUGGUAGCAAAAUUACCCACAAAGUACACCGGAGCUAUUGUCUUAGGCACGAAUAUAAGUGGAACAUUUACGGCCCUGAUUAAUUUACUUGCUCAGUAUAUGGCGCCAAAUGCUCGAACUGCUGCGAUAUAUUACUUUAUAACAGCGCUGUUCGUUCUUCUCGCAUGCUUCGAUACUUAUUUCGCACUUCCAAUAAAUAGGUUUUACCGAUAUCGUGAAUUAUUAUACCAGAAAGGAGUUAACAAGAGGCAGUUGGAAAAUAGCGCGAGAGGCAAAAACGAUACACCGCCUUAUUGGAAAAUAUUUUGCCAAUGUUUUCCUCAAUGCUUCAACACAUUUCUCGUGUUUUUCGUAACUCUUGCUCUAUUUCCUGCCGUUCAAUCUGAUAUACAGAUCUCGGAUCCGGACUUUAUAGUCACACCAAAGUAUUACACUACCAUUAUGUGUUUCCUCACGUUUAAUACCACCGCUCUAAUUGGAAGCUCUAUCGCAUCGUUAGUUCAGUGGCCUAGUAAAAAGUACUUGGUGAUCCCAGUCGUUUUACGUAUUUUGUAUAUACCAUUGUUUUUAUUGUGUAACUAUCAACCAAGCCAUACUACAAGAAUAUUGCCAGUGUAUAUCAAUAACGACUGGGUUUAUUUUGUGAUUGCUGUUACAAUGGGUAUAAGUAGCGGCUAUUUUUCAUCGUUGUCCAUGAUGUAUUGUCCCAGAACGGUAGAUACGCAAUAUGCUGCAACAGCUGGUAUGUUUGGCGCAGCAUCGCUAAUUACAGGAAUUUUUACUGGACUAUUGUUUUCAAUGGUCAUGCCCACUUUGGUAGCACAUGUUACAUUUCCAAUGUCAUAAUGUAUGCGCCGUUUAAUGAAACAAAAAAAAAAUUACCGCGUUUUUGAAGAUAUUUACUAAAUAGGCAAAUCAAAACGAGCACAAGGAAAUGUAAUGAAUAUGAAAUUCAUUAACACGAAGUACAAUUUGAUUUUGACGUAAUAUUGUUUUUGAGGUUAAGUUAACGAAUUUAGUAGAUUUCUCAUCACAUGCACUGAUGAAACUGAGAAUAAAUUUUAUUUAAUUGUACGAUUAAUUCUUCGAGCAGAAAGUGAAUUAUAUUUAUUUAUUAACUUGUAUUUGAAUUAACACAAAGUUUUUUUUUUAUUUCACUUGUGAGACAGGAAGGAAUAGCGUUAAACGAGAGGUUCAAAAAUUACCUGAAAUUAUCGAGCUCGUAUUGUAAAAAAUGACUUCAUAUUUCACGAUUAAUUGUUUAAGACUUCAACCAACAAAUAGAAGCUUGUUACCACUUCAAAUUCA